UUAGUGGGCCAGCCCAGACCUGGCUGUGGUUUCGUAAGCAGCGAGAGCUGCAGUAGACUAUAAAGCUACUGCCGUUCUAACCGGGUGACGUCGUCCUCCAGAGCGCACAAAGCACGCAGUAGUCUAGUCAUAUUUCACCGGCGGAUAACGGACACGGGACAGGACACUCCUCGUCACAAUGGAGUUGUUCCCAGGGCUGGUGGCUCUAAUGGCUGUAAUGGUUUCAGUUGGUGCUGAAGGCGGCGUCGGCCCCAGCAACAACUCCAGUUUCUGCUCCGAGUCAAAGGAAUGUCUGGAGUAUGAGCUGGUGUGCAAAACAGACGAAUAUGAGGUCCGUCACUACAGUCCUACUCGUUGGGUGUCUACGGAUGCAGAGGCCUACUUCAUGGGGGUGGGAGCAGCCAUGGCCUUCAGGAGACUGUUCCAGUACAUCACUGGAGCCAACAACGGAGGUCUCCAGAUGGAGAUGACUGCUCCAGUCCUGGUGAGGAUCCCUGAGGAGACCAGGAUGUGGGAACCAGCCAUCUACACCCUCAGUUUCCUGCUUCCAGCAGCCUAUCAGGAGAGGCCUCCCACACCCACCAAUGACAAGCUCUACUUUACUGAGAUGCCCUCUAUGGAUGUGUACGUGCGUAGCUACGGAGGCUGGAUGUUAUCAGUGACCUCCAGGCUUCAUGCUCACCUACUGACCAAGGAGCUGGCCAGAGUCCAGGCUGACUACAACCACACCUACCACUACGGAGUGGGCUACGACAGUCCUCUGAAGCUGAUGAACAGACACAACGAGGUGUGGUACGUAGCUGAGGGAGAGGCUGUCUGCUCUGACCCCCAGGAACCAACCCCACCACACACACCUACCCCCACACACACACCCAACGCCACACACACACCCAACGCCACACCCAAUGCCACACACACACCCAACGCCACACCCAAUGCCACACACACACCCAACGCCACAAACACACUCAACACGUCACACACACCCAAUGCCACACACAUCCCCUCCAGCACCAUCUCUGACUCCCCCUCAGAUCUCCCAGCCAACCGGCCACCCACCCCCUCCCAGGCCCCCGAGGUGACCCCCUCUCAGGGCCCGGUGGUCGGGGAGACCCCCUCGGCCAACAGCUCUGACCCCCAAGCGGACGGCCCCUGGAACAACACUGUGGAGGCCUCCCUGGAGGACACCCCCUCUGACAACCCUGUAGCCGACCCCACUGACCUCAACCUGGCCUAGCCCUGGAAUGCUAUAUAUGACCCUGAACAGUAGAGGGGUAUGGAGGGUUGCUGUGGUGAUAGAGCUCCUUCAGUUAGAUGUCCAUUUGGGAUUGGGCCCUUGCCUCAGUAUUUACUGUAAUACACCACCGCCCCCUACUGGUGUCAUAUUGUUACGACACAUAUUAGCUUUAUUCACCUGCCGCUCAAAUGCUAUCCAUGUUAUCACACUCAGCUCACCUGUUAACCAUGUUACCACACUGACCUGUUAUCCAUGUUACCACACUGACCUGUUAUCCAUGUUACCACACUGACCUGUUACCACACUGACCUGUUAUCCAUGUUACCACACUGACCUGUUAACCAUGUUACCACACUGACCUGUUAACCAUGUUACCACACUGACCUGUUAUCCAUGUUACCACACUGACCUGUUAUCCAUGUUACCACACUGACCUGUUACCACACUGACCUGUUAUCCAUGUUACCACACUGACCUGUUAUCCAUGUUACCACACUGACCUGUUAUCCAUGUUACCACACUGACCUGUUAUCCAUGUUACCCCACUGACCUGUUAUCCAUGUUACCACACUGACCUGUUAUCCAUGUUACCACACUGACCUGUUAUCCAUGUUACCACACUGACCUGUUAUCCAUGUUACCACACUGACCUGUUAUCCAUGUUACCACACUGACCUGUUAUCCAUGUUACCACACUGACCUGUUAUCCAUGUUACCACACUGACCUGUUAUCCAUGUUACCACACUGACCUGUUAUCCAUGUUACCACAC